AUGUCCAACCAUGGUACCCCUGGAGCCACAACGCCCCUCCAGAUAAUCCACAUUAGUGAAGACAACACCUCCGAUGACUCUCCAACUAACAACGAGCAAAAUUUGGAGCUGGACACUGAUUCAGAGGACGGGGGCAUGCAGCUCGACCUGCCAGAAGGCCACCUGCUACAGUAUGUCGAAGAUGAUAACGACAUCGAAUUCGAUAUGCAGAUGAUGGGGAAUGGGAUAGAAACAGAGCGCGACGAAACUGAAUACACUACACAUGCUGUCAACCCCUUCUCAUCUCAAUCAAACGGGCAUAAUACACCAGCACAGAUGGACAGAACGGACGAACCCACCCAGAGCUCGAAGCCGAACCGAACACGGUUCCGGGGACGCAGGACGAUGCCGGAAGAGCAGUACGCGGCGCUGGCGGUGACGAAUGACUGGGAGCUACUGGUGUCGCAUGCGCUGAAUUCGCACCGGACAAUCCCCCAAACCCGCCGCCUUUUCCAAGCUCGAAUGCUCACCUCCAAUAACCCCCGCCAAGAAGCGGAAUACUACGCUGCUCGCUUCGUCGUGCCCGCGUCACGCUCGGAGCUCAUCUCCGGCCUUACCAGCUCGGGGCGCGGGGGGAGCGAUAUCGCGACUGGCGUGGACAAUUCCACGGCCUAUUUGGUGCCAGGAUCGUACCGGGAAAUCAUAGAUCAUGAUCAAAGUGGAUGGUGGGGGCCCGGCGGGAAGCCACGCGGGAAGAGGAAGAGCGAACGGUAUCGUGGGCUUGGGACGGGGGCGCCGGGAUCGCCGCGCAAAGGCAGUGGGGAGAGUUCCAGGGUUGGCUCGCGAGCUGCAUCAAGAGGCCCUGGUGGUUGA